UCUAACAAUACCCCCAGUCGGCCAUAAUACUCCACUUCUAUUCACAGCACACAAAGCCCCUUUUGUAGCUCAAUUUCCAUAAUUCCCUAAAAUUUAAACACUCUCAACACAUUCACACGUGUAGUGUCGCGACCCGCGCCUUUCCGGAAUAAAUUCGCUGGCAGUCUGGCGGCGGCGCCUUAAAGCCCUAUCACCGCCAAUUACCGCCUCAAUCUUCAAUCAUCGUCUCUAAAUAUGCAAAGCAUCGUUAUCAGAGAUUUGUGGGCAUGCGAACUCGUCGCCUUCAAGAAAAAGCAAACAGGUGGUGGGCGAAUUCCUUCGUUUUGUUGGUUGCAAUUCACGUGGGAUUCGGGAUACCACUCAUAUCUCAGCACGAGCAACAUUUGCACCAGUCGUUCGUCGCACACAUGAUCGGACAAUUCGCGAUUAGACGCCGCUUUUGUGAGUUUUACGCUUUGUUUUUCCGGGCAUCGGACGAGAGACGCGGAAAAGGCUCCGGGAGCUUUUUGCCCGGAUCCGGGGAGUGCGGGAUAGGUGGUCUUCGGGUUUGAGUCAUUGGCUGCUUAACUACCUCGCAAGUUUCAGGGACAUCGAGGUUCUGAUUUACACACUUUGCGAUUUUAAUUUAAUUGCAACGAGUGCAAGUGACAAUGCAAUAGCCCCGAAAUGGCAACGAUCUGUUUCCGACCUCCACCUUUGCCCCCGAACAAGAAAUCGCAAUUGAACAUCAAUCGUUAUCGGAAGCAAAGUUUGCUCUCGUCGACGUAUCUGAGUUUCCGCGAUCCGGCCGAAGACGAGGUCAUACAAGACGAAAUCGAACUGACGAACUUUAAGUGUAAAAAAAAGUGCAAAAAAGUGGCGCACACGAACUCGCUGAGUCGGGCCAAGGAUGCAAAAUGUGCCAUGGUGCGGAGCCACUCCGACGGGAACCUCAACAAGGAGAUAGCGCCCAUGACCAUCAAUAGGUACAUCAAGGUGUUGAGCGGCAGCUGGAAGAAUUUGCUCAACUUAGGCGGCAUGUCCCGGCCCCCGAAGCCGGCCGCCACCGCCAAGAAGGUGGCUCCACCGGCGGUGCCCCACGAGUUCCGGCACUCGGGCAGCUCCUUCGGGUCCGCAGGAUAUGCCUCUUCGGAGGACGCGGGCUUCCUGGCGCCGAAUGAUCCUCCCGGAGUCCCACGAGACGAUCAUUCGGAUUAUGGCAGCACUGUCAGCAGCAGCACGGGCAAGUCCCCCGGACCCAUUUUUCCGGCGCCCUCCUUCACGUUUCCGGGGCAGCCGCCCCCCGGCGGCGUCCUCACGCACAAGGCGGCCGUCUACUACCACCACCAACUCAGCCUACAGGAGGAUCAGGGUAUCGACAUGACACAGUCUCCGGGCAGGGACAGUCCGGGGUCGUCGAGCGGAAGUGCAGGAAGUGGCUCUCGCCACAGCACGGCGUCUUUAGACAGUGGCAGGGCGUCGUACCAUCCCUUGAGCACGGCAGGGAGGAGUACCAUCGGGUCCUCGAAUAGUCCACGAUGUUCCUUAAGUUCUUGCUCGAUAGGAUCGGAGCAAGGCCGAAUUGAGCGAAUGAUCCAUCAAGGAGUUCCUGACCAAGAAAUUAUUCAUGCGUGGCUGGUUGAUCUUCAGUACGAUGAAUAUUUCCCGUUGUUUGUAAGUGCCGGCUACGAUUUGCCGACAAUAGGUCGCAUGACGCCGGAAGAUUUGACAGCCAUAGGAAUUAAGAAACCGAAUCAUCGGAAACGUCUCAAAGCUGAAAUUGCACAACUUAAUCUCCCCGACAAUUUGCCAGAAUUCAUUCCGGGUUCGCUGGAAGAGUGGUUGCAGCUGCUGCGCUUGGAGGAGUACCUCCCUGCGUUUCUGGACCAGGGCUAUCAGACCGUCGACGACGUGACGCAGCUGACAUGGGAGGACUUGGAAGAGUUCGGGAUAGUUAAGUUAGGCCAUCAGAAGAAAAUCAUGUUAGCUAUAAAAAGAGUGAAAGAUAUUAGGGCAGGGAAGAGAAUAAAUACAGAUUCAAAUAGAAUUUACGCGACACAGGACGUGAUGGUGCACGCACCCUUGGGCCCGCCGUCGCCUGGCGUCCCCGCAGUCCACAGCACUUUCCGUUCUUUCCAUCAGCCCUGGGAGAUCGACCAGAGUCGUCAGCUGGCCGCCGGCACACACUACGUGCAACCAAUUUAUUGCACUGACAUAGUUCCCAUCAAGAUACGGACAGGCCGCGGCAAGUCCCUGGAGUCCCUCGAGGACCCCAACGAGCGCACCCACCACACCUUCUCCGCCGAAAACACCCAGACCUUCUACUACCAGCAACCCAUCGGCUGGCGGACGCGGUCCUACGACGACGGCGACAUCACCCCCACCAACGAGACGGGGCUGCUGUACGAGGGCGGCGGCACGCUGCCGCGCCCCCGCGGGGUCAUCCGCCCGCGCCCCAUCGCCAAGAUCGCGGCCAAGGCGCGCGAGAGCUUCCCCGACUUCGAGAAGCCCCAGUUCAACCCCGAGAAGUACUCCAACCCGCAGUACAAGACGCUGCCCCGGGAGCUGAUCGACACCACCAAGUACCACAUACAGUACAGCCCCAUGAUGGGCAAGAAGGUGCCCCCCAACCCCCCGAAGCGGCAGGACAGCGAGGGGGCCGAGACCACCACCACGGUGGAGAUACACCACGUGCAGACCUCCAGUCCGCUGCCGCUGCCGGCGUACCCCAGCUCGGACAGCCUGAGUAUAUCGCUGGACAACCAGGGGGACCUGCCGCUGCCGCCGCCCCCGGCGCCGGGCACGCCGCCAGGGAAUGUGCAAUCCAAGAUGAAUUCGUCGCAGUCGUGGGGCGCUGAAGAACAGGAACUUAUCAAAACUUUGGCGCUGCAGCACAGAAACGGGUCCGAUGCAAGUUUUAAAUCGAGUUCAAGCACAGAGUCAGAUUCGCUGCCAUUUGCCAAUGAGAACGCCGGUACGAUUCGAACUCGCGCAGGCGGCAACAGCAGACCGGCGGACUACUCCCCCGCCAAGCCCCGCGCCGGUCUCCCGCCCCAUCCGUCCCCGACGCCCAACCGACAACCAAGUGCCAGAAAUCAGAGAUCCGAACCUGCCGAUGUUCUUAACGAUAUAGGAAACAUGCUCGCCAACUUGACCGACGAACUAGACGCGAUGUUGGAAGAAGAGAAAAGGCAACAGUAACUCGAAGCAUAAGACUGAGCCUAUUUUAUCCUAAUUUUAGUUAUCGGAAGCUUUAACUAUAAAUAUGACCUCCAUUCGGGUUGUGUUUGUCGUUGACGAGUUUAUUUCAUAGAACUGACUAUUGGGUAGAUUUUCGUUACUAGUUUCCUAAGUUAUUGUGUAAAUAGAAUGCUUUAUUUUCGAUUACAAACAAGGUUUGUAAAUAUUUUUAGAUAGAGUUUUUAUAUUGUAAAGAUUGUAAAAUUUAUCAGUUCUUUUCUAUGGUGUCAUUAUAGCUUUCAGCAGGUACUGUUCGCCUAAUUUCUUCGGAACGGAGUGGAAUGCGUGUUCUGGGUGAUUCCGUUUUAACUUAACCUUCUGAUUGAGGCAAUACUUUCAAAGCAAUUCGGCAUCUUCCGUUCGAGAGAAUAUUAUUAAUCAAAAACUACUUCAGUUGGUGAGUGUAAAUAGAUAGAUCUUGUACUGAAGACAGCAAAUAGGAAAGCAAGUAAUAACUAUCAAAUUAGAGAAUAAUUUUGUACAAAGCCAUCAUUUAGUAUACGGAAAUAGCGAGUUAGUCUAAAUCAGUUUUGGUGUUUUAAUACCUUUACACCAAUUUGCAAUGUUAGUCUCAUUUGUUUCUAACAAAUGGUUGAAAAAGACUGGUAGUUCGAUUACAAAAUUCUCAAUUUCCUGUCAUGUAUCUCGUGCCAUAUCCAAUAUUAGCACACUUGAUUGUAAUUAAAUUUAGUUGCGACGUGAAAACUGAUAUUUUAACUGUACAUGACACGUAAUUGAUCGAAAAUCUUCUGUGUUCAAUAUAAUUUACGAUUUAUAUGUUUGUAAAAAAUGUUAUUUAAUGUGCUACUUAAAAUAGCUAUCAUUUCGGAUUCUCAUAAUAAUUAUUAUUUGUUAUUUGAUUUCCAUUACAUUGCAUUAUUAAUUAA